GUGUCAUUGGUUGAGGGAAGCUCGCGCAGCGGCGGAGCGAGCGUCAACUGCUCAUACAGGUCGGACCAGCUUGUGACAUCUGGGCGUGAGAGGACCAUGCGUGCCCGAGCUGAGGAGUUUGCCUUGUUUUAGAGCCUGGCUCCACCGAACGUAUUUGAAGGAGGACAGAAGCUCACGGACUCGGAUAUAAGUAUUUUAGGUCUGAUGCUUCCUGCCCUCACAAUGGAAACGGAGGCCAGUCACAUGCUGGAAGCUGCGUUGGAGCAGAUGGACGACAUCAUUGCAGGUUCAAGGGCAGCAGCGAUGGAGUUUUCCAGCACCGUGUACGAUCUGGGUUCUCCUGUCAGCGCCGGUCCGCUGCAGGUCGUCCAGUUAGCCGAGGAGCUCAAACUUGCUCUGGAGGUUCAGCCCAGUCAGGAGGAGAGAGACAACCUCAGAGCUCAGCUGCCUCCAGAAACGGCACAGGCUCUCAUCGAUUGGCUGCAGACUGGAAGUGUGAGCCUCUGUACUCCAGCCAACAAUGAAACCUAUCAGGAACGACUACUUCGACUAGAAGGAGACAAAGAAUCUCUGGUGCUGCAGGUAAGCGUUUUGACGGACCAAGUUGAGGCUCAGGGAGAGAAAAUCAGAGACUUGGAAACUUCUUUGGAAGAGCAUCGACAGAAAUUGGCUUCCACAGAGGAGAUGCUGCAACAGGAGCUGAGGAGCAGGACUUCUCUGGAGACCCAGAAGCUGGAUCUAAUGGAUGAAGUGUCCUACCUGAAGCUGAAGCUGGUCACCAUGGAGGAAACACGAACCAACACAAACCCUCAGGAUGCUGCAAAUGCAAAGAACAACAAAGCUGAGUGUGUGGUAAAUCUCAUCAGUGAGCUCCAGGAGCAGAUGUGCAAGUUUCAGGAGGAGAUCAGCACUCGCAUCCAGGAGAAACGGGCCCUUGAGGAGAAGGAAGCCCAACAGGGGGACCCAAGUGGCAACCCAGUUCAGAGCGCCGAUCCUAAUGCUGGGUCAAACCCGAGCUCUGCUUCGCUGAAACACAGUGGAGAAAGACAGACUGUGCAUGAUUUGCUUCAUGAAGUCAAGCAGCUGACGAGCAAAGUGCAGGAGCUGGAGGGAGAAAAGAGCCAGUACGAGAGGAAACUCAGGGCCACCAAGGCAGAAAUCUCAGAGCUGCAGCAGCUUUUGGUCUCUAAAGACACGGAGAUCGAAUGCUUGCAGACCCAGCUGCUGGCCAGAGGCGGCACCGCCAACAACAACGCAGAGAGAGAGGAGGUGUAUAUCAAGCAGCUGAUUAGCAAAUACCAAGAAUACCAGAGGCUGAAGGUGGGGAUGGAGUCUUUGUUGGCCUCAAAUGAUGAAAAGGAUCGACGUAUAGAGGAGCUGACUAUCCUGCUUGGUCAAUACAGAAAAGUGAGGGAAAUGAUGUCACUUACACAUGGAAGUAGCGAAGAGGAGCUGAGUGGCAGCUUGAAGUUAAAAGCCAUCACACACAAAGCUCAUUCUGAUAUCAUCAAAUCAGAGAUGUCAUCAAGGGGAUCUUCUCCACUCAUGCUGUGUCCAUCUCCCUUUCAGAGAGAACUUGAUUCAAGUUUCCAGAACUCUAUGGAAACUUCGUUGGUGACUACUGGUGAUGCAAGUUUCUUAAAUGGAUCAUUACAUCGACACAGAUUACUCUCCAGCAGUCUUGAAGAGUUGCAAAGUGGAUGUUUUCAAAAGGCUGGAGUGAUCCAGCCAGCUGAAACUGAAUCAGACGUAGGGGCAGAGAGUCCACAAAUGGAGCCGAGCAAGUACCAAACUCUGCCAGGAAAACUGAGUAAAAAGAAAGAAUCUAAGGAUGAGCUAAACGGCACCAGAGGCAGAGAGACAGAGUAUUUAUCUCCUGUCCAGCUCUCCCCUGCCCACCACCACAGCAAAGACUACACCCUGGUUCGGUGCAGGAGUGCCAGCGCACCAGCUUUAGGAUCUCCAGGGAAACAUGACCUCUAUGAUGUUGACCAUGCAGGGAAACUGGAAGAGUGUAUGCUGUCAGAUCAGUCCCCGCUGUCCUCUGGAGUGGACUCUGGACAACAGUCACCUGUCUCACCUGAGAAAAGGAAGAGUCACAGAGGCAUGAAGAAAUUCUGGGGAAGAAUUCGUCGCAGUCAGUCGGGCAGCCCAGUUCAGGUUCACGAUCCAGAGAUGGGAGACUUCAAAAGGGGAGGCUUCCGAGCUACAGCUGGGCCGAGACUGGCCCGUUCAGGGAAAGCACGAGAUCUCAAGCUGCCAUUUUCUAAGUGGAGCACGGAGCAGGUUUGCGACUGGCUCGAGGACAUCGGACUUGGUCAGUAUAGCGUUCUCGCUCACCAUUGGGUCAGCAGUGGUCAGACUCUGCUGGCGGCCACCCCACACGACCUAGAGAAGGAGCUAGCGAUCAAGAAUCCACUCCACAGGAAGAAGCUCCAGCUGUCCUUGAAGAGCAUCUGCAGCAAACGGCCAGAAAAAUCUGCAGAGCUCGAUUAUGUUUGGGUCACUCGUUGGCUUGAUGACAUCGGCCUCCCUCAGUACAAAGAUCAGUUUAAUGAUGGCAGAGUGGAUGGACACAUGCUGCAGUACCUCACUGUGAGUGAUCUGUUGUUUCUCAAAGUCACCAGCCAGCUGCAUCAUCUCAGCAUCAAGUGUGCCAUUCAUGUUCUUCAUGUCAACAGAUUUAACCCAAACUGCCUUAAACGCAGACCUGGAAAUGAGAAUGAGUUCAACCCCAGCGAAGUGGUGCAGUGGUCCAACCACCGGGUCAUGGAGUGGCUGAGGUCUGUGGACCUGGCCGAGUACGCGCCCAACCUGAGGGGCAGCGGUGUACACGGAGGGCUGAUAAUGUUGGAACCUCGGUUUAACUCCGACACAAUGGCUAUGCUGCUGAACAUCUCUCCUCAAAAAACGCUGCUGAGGCGCCACUUGAACACCAACUUCAAUAACCUGGUGGGAGUACAGGCUCAGCAGGAGAAGAGGGACUACACCGAAGCAGCAGGAUAUUCCCCACUCAGCAUCACAGCUAAAGUCAAGCCAAAGAAGUUGGGCUUUUCUCAGUUGACAAACCUGAGGAGGAGACGGCCGGACGAGUCCACAGACUACGUCUGUCCCAUAGAGACUUCGUCGCCCGAGUCAGGACAGUCCAUGGCCAACGGGGUGCAGAUGUGUCCGUACGCCGGCUUUAGAGGUCUGAGUCCCAUUCUGGACCGAGAGCCCACCCGGGACCAGAUGGUGAAAGCAGAGAGCACCAUUUUACAAAUAGAAGCUUUGUCUGAAAGCAUCAACAACCUCACAUACCUGCUGAGCCAGGACGAGCUGCGGAGGGAGCUGAGGCGGUCACAAACGGCGCUGGUGUGAGGGGACGAACGCUCCGGCGCCAUCGGCUUACCAGACCCGAUGGCCGGCUCAGCCCCGCGGGCCUCACACUGCAGCGCGGAGUCGGUCCCGCUCACUUCCUGUAACCACUGCUACCUCAUGUAACACCUGCAGUCCUCCUGUGGACACAGAGAAACUGGAAACGCAGGCCGACUCAAACACCUUUGGAUGCCAGCGAAGAGCCGCGGCUUCUUACAAACGUUUAAAAGAUUUUUAACAGCUUUCCGAUUUUAACGAUGCAAUGCAGCCGUUGUCAAUGUGUGUGUAUAUAUAUAUAUAUAUUGUGUUAUUUAUACUGACCACUGCGAUGUGUACAUUUUUUGUUGGCUCAUCAGAGGAAACACAGGUCAGCUAAAGAGGAAUCUGAUGAGAUUAAGAUGGACAAAAAGCAGAUUUCAAUUAAAACAAAGACUCGAUGCCUAAAACUACCCAAAAUAAACAUCAGUUUGUUGAAAUUUGACUAUACGUCUUGCUUUGUUCCUCCAAGAUGUUUACUCCAUAUUCUGACCUGAAGGUUGUAGAUGAUCUUGAGUCAUUGAACUAGACAAAAGUUUACCAAAUCUGUUGUCUAUUAUUUGUGGAUGUGUGCAAACUCUUCUGCCUUUGUGCUUCUGUGGAAAAAAAACUAACGUGAAUCGAAGACAAGGCGCCGCUAGAACCAUGGAUAAGGUGAUGGCUACAGACAGCCUCAUAAAAACCAGGGCGCAGCAAUGGAGGGGAAACGAUCUGAGCUCGGUGGCAGCCACAUAAACUCAACCUAAAGGUCCAGAGAACAGCUGAAAGACAAGGGAAUCGAGAUGAGUCCAUGUGAAUGUUACAGAACUAUUCAUACAGGCCACCUUUUAAUAAUUAGGAUCUUACUGAGGGUACAGUACCAAGAAAUAAAGCCAAAAAU